AUGAGGUCAUGGCAAAAUACCAAGUAUGAAAAUAAGGAUAUCACUUGCCCAGAUAAUUGCUCGUGUUUAAAUAAUGAUGAAGAUAUUGUUUGCCCGUGUCUUAGGUAUAUUUUCAAUGGUUUACUCAACUUGCAGAAUUUACAUAUUAGUGAUUACUGCUUUCCAAACGUUUCCGAUGAUGCUUUCAGAGGCCUUGAAAUGUUAACAUAUUUAAGAUUUUCUUUUGAUCCAUAUGAAAAAACACAAGAUCAGUACAUAGAUGCUAAUACAAAAAGUUUAAAACUUAGUAAAAACAAAGCAAGUCCUGAAUGCGAUUAUAUUUGGCCAUCAACGUGUUAUCCAGACAAAGCAUUUGGAGCUUUAACAAAUUUACAAAAUAUACAUUUGGCUGGGACUAACUGCAAACCUGGCACAGGAUUUCAAAAGUUAAAAAAACUUCGCAGUUUAGAACUGAAUCAUUUCUUCUGUCUUAUAACCAAUCUGAAGAUUUUGGAUUUGUCUUUCAAUGAUUUUGACUUUGACAUUAACAUAUUACACACUGCUAGGAAGCUUCGGAUUUUAAAUAUUUCAUACAAUAACGAGUUUCAAGCCACACACCAUCUUCAAGACCUGAUAGUUACACUGAGGCAUUUAGAAGAACUGCAAGUGUCAGCUGAAAGUCCUCAUUUAUUUGUUGAGACGGACGAAAUUUUGUUUGAAACAGAAACAAAUAUUGAAUUUAAUUACACUCAAAUGACCAAGAAACUGUCAAGAUUUAAAUAUAACUGUGUGAUCAAAGAAAACUUCAGCUUUGUGUUGACGACAUUUUUCAUCCAUCUCCUGUGUUUGCUUGUUCUGGCCGUGUUUUUCCAUUACCGCUGGAAGCUGAGGUACCUCUACUUCAUUGGUCAACGGCGGCUGCACAUUGGUGGACGUUUGGUCAACUACAACCCACAGGUUGAUGUUUUCAUUACAUAUGAUGAGGGUGAACAAAGAAUACGACAGAUUCUUAAAAAUAUUAUACUACCAUUCCUGAGAGAAAAGAAUGUUUCUUACAUUUUAGGAGAAGUGGACUUUCCAGGUGGGGACAUGGUGUCACACAUCAGUGGAGCUAUAACUGGCACAAGAAAAACGCUGGUCUUGUUGUCUGAAGAUCUUUUCUUGGAUCACUACCGAGAGUAUGAGAUGAACCUGGCCAUCAUGCGAGAACCAGGAAUCCGACAGAUUGUAAGAAAUAUUAUCCUACCACUCUUGCGAGAGAAGAACAUCUCUUACAUUUUAGGAGAAGUGGACUUUCCAGAUGGGGACAUGGUGUCAUUCAUCAGUGGAGCUAUAACUGGCACAAGAAAAACGCUGGUCUUGUUGUCUGAAGAUCUUUUCUUGGAUCACUACCGAGAGUAUGAGCAGUAG